AUGAGCAGCUUCUUUGGUACUUCUAGCCCAGGCUCCGGCUCCAAUGCCAAUGGAUCAUCCUCGAACAGCGGCAGUGGCGGUGGCGGCGGAGGCAGUGGCGGUGGUGGCUGGGGUAGUUUUCUUAAGCAAGGAUUGUCGUCAAUAGAGUCCAAAAUCGACAUGGUCCUCGACAUCCAAGUCCCCAUCCCUGGUGGAGCCACGGGUACCUUGACGUCGUUUUCGCCUCACGCCAAUAUCUUGCCGUCAAGCAUCACUGGUGCCCCUACAACCAAGGACACACCUCCGAAACGACAGGCUUCACCUCUGACCUCAUCGACAGCAGCCCAAGGCGACUCACGGAACUCUCAGGAAGUGAACAGCGACGACGAACGUGGCAAGAAAUCAACGGCUCGUAGAAAAACCAGCACGCAGGACUUGCGAAAAUCUGUGGUUGGUGCAAAGGCUUUGCAGGAUGAUUCUAGCAGGCGGAGCAGUAGUCAGAGUGAAGAUAUGGUCACGGUUGAUCCCUUUACAGGCAUGGUGACGACGGCCCCUGGUGUCAAGCGCAUGUCGACGCCUCCCGUCAGUUCAGGAAUGAGUUCAAGUGCCGCAGCUGCAGCUGCAGCCAACAGGGAACGUCUGGAGCAGCGGAUGAGAGGUAUCUUCAAGAAGCCGACGGACUCUCCUCCGACAACUCCUCCGCCCUCAAAGAGAGCCUCGCCUUCGCCUUCGGCCAGGAAAUCGGAUUCCACAGACCUUGACCGCAAAGACGACGACUCGACACAGCAGGACGAUGUGGAGAAAACAGAGAGCAAAGUCACCCCAGCCAAAGUCGAAAAGCCUGCACAGGAAGGCGAUGCAGAAAACUCGUCAGCGACCCAUGAGGACAAAUCCGAACAGGAACCAAAAACAACAGCGCCAGCAGCACCAACAGCAGACGACGCCGAAACCACUAAACCAACUAGCGCCGACAACGAUGCUGGCAACGACGCCGACAACGAUAACCUGGAGAAGGCUGCAGGCGAUGCUGUGGAUGAGCAGGAACCGGUCAAGAAGUCACCUGACUCUGUGGUGACAAAGGACGAUGCAGAUGUCGAUCCUACGCCAGAGGCAGAGGUCAAGACUUCCACGGAGAGCAUCAAGGCACCCAAGCCCGAAACUACCACUGAGAGUUCGAAUGACCAACCUCACACAAUUGAGGACGUGGAGCUACCAGGAACGCCAAAGCAGGAGGACACGCAGGAGAACACUCAAGACGAAACCCUAGCAGAGGUAGACGUCUCAGCUACACUUUUUGAGCAAACUUCAACUCACACCUCCUCUGAGGAUGAUAUCGCCAUCCCCAUCUCAAACGAUCGACCUGAUACCCCGCUCAGUACUACUGAGUCUGACCAAGCAAUAACGGACGCUGUCAAGAUUGAACCAAUCACAACCCCAUCGCCCACCAAAGACACUGAUCAAACCGAAGCAGAAACAAAAAACGUUCCCUCCCCUGCCGACGUAAACCCUCUCAAGAGGGUCCUGGACCAACGUGAGGAGCAGCUUUUCAAGGUCAUGCAAGAACAAUCGACACUCAUUGAGAAGCUUCGCGACCUGGAAGAUGCCAAGGCUGCAGAGGAUGCCCGGAAUGCGGUCAAGCUUGCUGGACUAGAGAAGAUGAUCGAGACGCAGAAGAAGGAGCUGGAGGUGGCCAGAGGGUCCAACCUUGUCAGCCAGCCAAAGUCGAUCCAGAAGACCUUGGAGGAGCAGCGUGGACUCUUGGAGGAGAAGGACGAGCAGAUUCGAGGAUUACUGGCAGAAGGCGAGGUCCUUUCCAAGAAGGAGUUCAAGCAUCUGACGACCAUCAAGACGUUGCGGAUGAAAACUAUCGAAAUGGAGAAGAUUCAGAUGGACACCCAGAAAAAGAUGGACAAGGUCGUCACAGAAUGCACUGAGGCUCAGUCCAAGGUGACCAGGCUAACCGACGAGAACAAGCAACUCCAAGAAUCGGUCAGGUCGUUGCACGACAUCAAUCAGCGCCAGAACAAGCAGGCGACAAAAGUCGAGGCUGAAUUGAUUCAACUCCGAGAGGACAAGGCAAACCUUCAGAUGGGACUGGACCGUGCUUGGCAGGAACUAGCCGAGGCCCGCAAGGCAUCGGCAGAGUUGUCUAGUCAGACACACGCGGCCGCAUUGGAGCGGGAGAUGAAGAUGAACGAAGACUUGCACGAACAGCUGGAUUCUCUCAAAGCCCAACAUGCAGCCGUUGAGUCGAAUUUUCGCCAGGAUAUCCAAGAGCUUCGCGUGUCGUUGUCCAACCGCGAGGAGCUCGCAGGCGAGAAGGAGGAUCAGCUCUACAUGGAAAUCAGGAGCCUGCAGGUACGUCUGGAGCAGAAGGAUCACGAUUCUUAUGAGCUCCAGGAGACCUUAGAUGAAGCCCGUCGACCCCUUCUCCAUCAGAUUGAAAUUCUCCAAAACCAACAAGGAGUGGCAAACAGGAACUGGGACAAGGUCGAGAAGAGCUUGGCACGACGCAUUUCUGAGGCUGAGGAGAACACUACGAAGGCACAGGAGCGUGAACGAGCAGCUCGCGAUAGGCUUGACGAAGUGAAAUCGCAAAUCAACGCUCUGGAAGCACGCUUGGAGACGUUGAGGAUCGCAGACACACAGCUGCGGUCUGAUAUGAACACCAACAAGCGAGCCUUGGCAGAGAAGGAGGAUGCAGCACGUCAGGCACAAGCAGAGUUGAGUCGCGAGCGUCUGAACCGUGAGCGGGCUGUUGAGGAAGCCAAGGAGGAUGUCGAGCGGAAAUGGCACCAGCAACAGCAUGCCGAGGUCGAGAAGCUCAAGGCUCAGAUCCAGCAGCUUCAACAACAGCGCCCUAAUACUCACUCUGGCGGCGACGGCGAUUUGCUGAGCGCUACAUCGGAUUCUAUUCAUGCUCGGAGACCUUCGUCUUCGUCGGUUGUAUCUGUCAAUUCUCCAAUGUUAGGUGGAGGAGGUGCAAUGGCGGCCAAGAUGGCUGGUGCUCUGGGCAGGACCAGUUUUGAGUCAAUAACUAGUCCCACUAGCCUGGAUGGUAUGGCACCUUCGUUGUCUCGCAGUAGUUCGUCACAUACCAUGGCGGGUAUCGGUGCAGGACCAGGAACGCCUACGAUGGGACUCAUGGGACUUGGUGGCGGUGGUGGCAGCAGUGCUGGACAGGCCGUUGCUAUGGAACGACUGAACGCGAUGGUCCGUCAACUUGAGGGUCAAGUCACCUUCUUGGCUGAACAAGUUCGCUCCGCCAAUAGGAACAAAGAUGAACUGUCGGACGAGCUGGUCAAGGUAACGAUGGAGCUGGAGGAGCUUCAGGGCGCAGCGUCCAAGGUACCAAGUCUGGAACAGGAGUUGACAUUGCUGAAGGAUCGCCAUAGAGCAGCACUGGAGAUGCUGGGCGAGAAGACGGAGGAGGUGCAAGAGCUGAGAGCGGAUAUCCUUGAUGUGAAGGAGGCCUACCGCGACCAGAUCAAUGAACUACUCGCGCAACUGGAGAAAUUGAGAAAGGCCAAUGCUGCUCAUUAG